AUGAGCAAUAUUUCAGGAGGUCCAGAUUUCGUUAGAAAGUUAUUUAAGAUGUUAGAAGAUUCUUCUUACAGCGAUGUAGUUUCUUGGGGUGCCAAUGGUGACAGUUUUGUUGUAAAGGAAAUCGACGCGUUCACAAAAACAAUUCUUCCCCGUCAUUUCAAGCAUUCAAAUUUUGCUAGUUUUGUCCGACAACUUAACAAAUAUGAUUUUCAUAAGAUCAGAAGUUCCGAUGACUCAGCUGGACUGUAUGGUGAACAG